CCUAGUUCUGAGACAGCCGAUGGCCGGUUUUUGCCGUAACGAAUUCACACUAAUAAAAUGACUAAAUGAUACACUGUAAUCAUAAAUAUAUAACUGUAAACCUAAAGUUGUGUGUACACUCAACAAUAUAUAUAUUAUCCAUCUAGAUUUCGGCGCAAUAUUUAAACUUUAGAGAUACUUUUUUGAGUACGUCCCCUUUAAGUGGUGUAGGGUGUAGGCUGUGUGAAACUCAAAAAGGAAGCUAAAGAGUCAAACUGAAGGUAAACAGUUAGCUUCUUUUAAAGGAAAUUAACGGUACUAACAGGUUUGGUGAGGCUGGAGGUCUGGAUGCAGUCGUCAUGGUGAAGGAUGUUCCGGAAAGUCAAAAAGCGCCACAGCAGCAGCAGCUCGCAAAGCAGUGAGAUCAGCACCAAAAGCAAAUCUGUAGAUUCCAGUUUGGGAGGGCUUUCCAGAUCCAGCACCGUCGCCAGCCUCGAUACAGACUCCACCAAGAGCUCAGGUAACAGCACGUCUGAAACCUGCGCUGAGUUCCGGGUGAAGUAUGUUGGUGCCAUCGAGAAGUUACAGUUUGACAUGAGCAAGACCCUCCAGGAGCCUCUGGACCUCAUCAACUACAUCGAUGCCGCUCAGCAAGAUGGAAAGCUGCCCUUCGUGCCUGGAGACGAAGAGAUGAUUCUGGGAGUGUCAAAGUACGGAGUCAAGGUGGCCUCGCUGGAUCAGUGUGAUGUGCUGCACCGCCACCCUCUGUACCUGAUAGUGCGCAUGCUGUGUUACGAUGACGGCCUGGGCGCAGGGAAGAACCUCCUGGCUCUCAAAACCACCGAAGCAAAGCAGGAGGAGUGCAGCAUCUGGGUUUACCAGUGCAGCAGCUCGGAGCAGGCUCAGUCCAUCUGCAAGGUGCUGUCGGCCUCCUUCGACUGCGCUCUGACAUCGGACAAGUCCUGAGAGCAGAAGGAAGGACGGGGAGAUCUGUCAAAAAGAGGAAUGAAACAACUGCAAACAGUAAAUCAGAAGCCAAUUAAUUGCAACCAUUUCCCUUUUUCUCCAACUUUAAGGACAAAUCCUGUGUUUUCAAAUGUUGUUAGUUUGCAGGAAAACAUGAUUCAAGCCUUUUGCAUUGAUGGCAAAGUCGCAUCACGCUCAGUUUAUGAAACAUCACCUUCCCAUCAUUCUUGUUGAGACAGAACUACUGUGAAUUUGUCUGAAUCAUUUCCUCUGAAUGUGUUUCCUUUACCUCACAUGUCCCUUUGACCUUUCAAAUAAAGUCAAGAGCAAAAAGUUUAGAAAAACGGAAAUGGUUGCAAUUGUUUUAAAGCAUUGGAAUACAGUGCACAAUGUAAAUUAAUCCUAUUUAAUGGUACAUAAUGUUGUAACCCAUCUCCGCCCGGCUGGAGACAUUCAUCAGUGGGGGAAGCUACACGGUACAUAUUUAACAACAUGCACAGUUUGUUUCACUUCACGUGGAAACCACUCAUCUCUUUUUUAACUUUAGAUAUCGGUUUGUUGUGUUUUCAAACAGUAUUGGUACAAUAGCAGUCACUUUUUUGACUCAAAGGUACAUUAUACGAAGACGUUUUAACUGUGUGAGAGGAGUCCUUACUCAUUUUUUAAUGACUGUUUUGAAUUUUAUUGCAUCUUGUUUUUAAUUUCUUUAUACUCCACGUUUUUUGGUACCAAAAAAAGUUUGAUGUGUAUUAACUCCUUGUUUUUAUGUAUUGAUUAAAAAUGCAUUAAAUCCAUUAGACUUGCUGAAACCACAAACAUCCCAACAGGCAGAUAGAAGAAAGAUUUUGGAGGAAAAAUUUGUUUACAGUCGUGGUACUUACUUGACUUCACCUUGUACAUAAUAAUAGCCCAUUCCCCUUUUUUUCCUGUCCUGCUUUUCAACAAGACUGGGUUGAAAAUGUGACAUUAAAUCAUUUAAUCUGGUACGAUAAAGGAGAGGACAGCUUUUGUUUUGUUUAUGACUGAUUAAAGUGUAAUUUCUCCUU